AUGCUAAAUAAAUGUUUAAUCUUUCUGGGUAUAGCGUUGGCUGUACAGGGUGGCUUAAUUACUCGCAACAUUAAAAACAUCCCUGUUGAGGUACGUUACGAUGACAAACCAGAGUCUAGUGACAGUGUUAAAUUUUUGGCACCAGAGCGAUUGUACGCAGAAAGAAAUUUAGACGAAAAAGUACAACUAUCGCCAAGUGAUUUAAAAGAGGCUUCCAAGCAUAUUCCUGUAAAGGAAGAGAUAAUUCCUGAGAAUUUGGAUGUUAAAAAUGCCAUAGGUGGGGAAUCAAGUGACUUCGAAAAAUUAGGAGAAACUAAUCAAGUUCAGUUAUCAUCUUUAAUUCAGAAAGUCCAACAUUACGUUGUCGAUAGCGUUAAAGGAUGGAGGAAACAAUUAGAAAACGAAAAACACCAGCCUACACCCGAACAAUGGGAAACCUAUGAAAAAAAAGUUCAAGAAUUAUUUGAAGCAGAAAAGAACAAGGCAACUUUAUUAAAGCAAGAUCAGAAUCAAAAUCAAAUUUCAAGUAUCUUCGUAAAUAUGGGAAAUAGUAUACAGAAUUUGACGCAACAAUUUAUAAGCAAUGUUGUUGGUCAAACCACCAACAACAAUAAUGGUACACAAAGUGAUGAGACAAACCAAAACAUUUCACAGAUGUUUAUGCAAAUCAUGAAUAAUGGUGUUGUUAAUUUACAAAACCAGAUCGGAACUGUAUUUGGUGGAGGCAGUAAUAAUAGUACAAACUUAAGUGAUACUCCAGCCCCUUCUAAUCCGGGUAACAUUAUUUCAAAUUUUUUUGACCGAGUACAAAGUGUUUUCACGGGAAAUCAAAACGUAAACAUAAAUGGAAACGGAACACAAGGGGAUGAAGCUGGUCAAAAUCAACAAAUUGGACCCAUCCAAUCCAUUCAAAACUUUGGUGGGUCAAUAAAUACCGCUUUUAACGGGUUUAUUAGUCAAAUCAUCCCUCAACCUCAAAAACCUGCAAACGCCUCUGGAGACGAAGCUGGAGCCCCGACCACCACGAACAACAACCCUGCUCAAGUUUUUCAGGGAGUUUCAAAUCUACUUGGAAACUUUGUAAACAACUUUAUUUCUGGAAGCAACAACCAAGGACAAUCUCCAGCUGAAGUUGGAUCAACAGGUGGUUCCAUCCCCAACCCAAUCCAACAAAUUAGCAACCAAGUUAAUGAAAUCGCUGCCAAUAAUCCUUUACAGCCAGUUCAAAAUGCUAUCGCAGGUGGAUCUGAUACUAAAAACCCUACCGAACCGGCCAAGGAACCUGUCAAGGAUAAACCAAUGCAACAAGAACCUGAGAAAAACGAACCCAUUAAAGAACCAGUUUUAAUUAUAAAAGCACCCAAAGAAAACCCAAUGAAAAAACCUGUUAAGGAAGAAAUAAUGAAACCAUUAAACCCAAUUAAGGAAACCGUUAAAGAAGAGCCCAUAAAGCCAAUAAAACUGGAAGAACCCUCUACCGACAAAAAAGAAAUGAUGAUGACGAUGGAAUAGUGCUAAAAGUUCUGCGAAAUAAUUUUAUAAUGUUUAGGUUCUAUUUAUUUAAAUUAUUUACUUUUUCAAUUAUUUUUGCAAAACAUAGUUAUAUUAACUAUUUUUAUAAAUUAUAUCAAUUUGAUAAACAUUUUCAUUGGCUAAAACAAAAGUAACUAAACUUACUCGAACCCACUGGAUAUAUUCGGUAAACCAAAUUUGGCUGCCAAACAUAGGUAUUUAAAAUGAACAUAAAAAGCCGGCAGACCAUAUGGUAUUAUUAAAU